GGAGGAGAGGGAGAGAGGAGGCUGCAGAUAGAGAGAGCGAGAGAGGAGAGAAUACAAAGAACAUGUGAGUGAGUUAGUGCGUGUUAAACGCUUGCUGAUGUGUGAGUGUGUGUGUGUGUGUGAGACAUCCAGAGGUGUGUGUGCAUGUGCAGAAGCGAGGAGGAGGAAACCUGAUCUCACUCUCGCUCCCUCUCUCUCUGUGGAAUAACGCUUUCCGUCAGCUCUUGCCGUUAUUCGCCUCGCUGUUAGCUCGUAGUAGCUUAGCCUGGCCCAGUUUGGCCCGGCCAGGCCCGGCCCGGCUCGGACCAGGUGAUGAUGGAGCGGUUCCUGGCUCUGCUGCGUCUGCUGAGCAGAAGGAGGCGAGGGAGGAGGUACCGGGCCGACGACGAUUACCAGGAAGGAUAUGAGGACGUUUACUACUACACCAGCAAGUACAACACACACCUACUGAAUGAGGGGCCGUACGGCAAACACGCCACCGGGCCCAGACCUCCAGACGGAGCGCUGGCCAUCAGGAGGCAGAGCAUCCCGGACGAGUUUCGGGGAUGCUCGGUGGUGGAGCUGAUGAAGAAGGAGGGGACGACGCUCGGACUGACGGUUUCGGGCGGCAUCGACAAAGAUGGGAAACCCCGGGUAUCGAACCUGCGGCAGGGAGGCAUCGCGGCCAGAAGCGACCAGCUGAACGUGGGCGACUACAUCCGCGCCGUGAACGGCAUCAACCUCUCCAAGUUCAGACACGAUGAAAUCAUCAGCCUGCUGAAGAACGUCGGGGAGCGAGUCGUCCUGGAGGUCGAGUACGAACUGCCGCCCGUCUCCGUGCAGGGGUCAGGGGUCCUGUUCAAGAACGUGGAAGUCACGCUCCACAAAGACGGGAACAGCUUCGGCUUCGUCAUCAGAGGAGGGGCCCAUGAAGACAGGAACAAGUCUCGUCCCAUCGUCGUGACAACAAUCAGGCAAGGGGGCCCGGCUGACAGAGAAGGAACCGUCAAACCGGGCGACCGGUUGCUCAGCAUCGACGGGAUUCGUCUCCACGGCAGCACGCUGUCGGAGGCCAUGAGCAUCCUGAAGCAGUGCGGGCAGGAAGCCACGCUGCUGCUUGAGUACGACGUGUCAGUGAUGGACUCGGUUGCCACGGCGUCGGGGCCGCUGCUGGUGGAGGUGGCCAAGGCGUCUGGUUCCAGUCUGGGCGUGGCUCUGUCCACCUCCAUGUUCUGCAGCAAGCAGGUCAUCAUCAUCGACAAGGUCAAACCAGCCAGUAUAGCAGACAGGUGUGGCGCUCUUCACGCAGGAGAUCACAUUUUGUCUGUCGAUGGGAAGUCGAUGGAGUUCUGUUCUCUGGCUGAAGCCACUCAGCUGCUGUCUGCUUCCUGUCAGACUGUCCGCAUGGAGAUCCUGCCGCAGCACCAGGCCCGACCGGCCCUGAACGCACCGCAGCACGUCAAGGUGCAGCGUAGUCCCCGCCCCCUCCCCUGGGAAACUGGAAACUCCGCCCCCGUCCACCCUCCCUACCACUACAACACGUACCACCCCGACCAAUCAGGUUCCAGAUCGCACAACCGCCAUACAAACAACCCUCCUCUCAGCCACUCGUUCUCUCCCGGCUCCAUGUCGGCCUACAGUCUCUCGUCCCUCAACAUGAGCACGCUGCCCCGGAACAUGUAUCCCACGAGUCCACGGGGCACGUUGAUGAGGAGGAAAGCCAAGAAGAAGGACUUCAAGAGCUCACUGUCUCUUGCGUCCAGCACCGUGGGGCUCGCUGGGCAGGUCGUUCACACGGAGACCACGGAGGUGACGUUGCUCGGCGACGGCAUCAUGGGCUUCGGCCUGCAGCUGCAGGGCGGAGUCUUCGCCACGGAAACGCUGUCCUCGCCGCCGCUCAUCGCUUACAUCGACCCCGACAGCCCCGCAGAGAGGUGCGGCAUCCUGCAGAUUGGAGACAGGAUUCUGUCCAUAAAUGGAGUUCCUACUGAAGACUCCACCCUGGAGGAAACCAAUCAGCUGCUCAGAGACUCGUCCAUCACUGCUCAGCUCACACUGGAGAUCGAGUUCGACGUGGCCGAGUCGGUCAUCCCGAGUUCUGGAACGUUCCACGUGAAGCUGCCAAAGAAACCGGGGGUGGAGCUGGGAAUCACCAUCAGCUCUCCGUCCAACAGGAAACCAGGAGAUCCUUUGAUCAUCUCUGACAUCAAGAAAGGCAGCGUCGCACACAGGACGGGGACGCUGGAGCUCGGAGACAAGCUGCUCGCCAUCGAUAACAUCCGCGUGGAGAGCUGCUCGAUGGAGGAGGCCGUUCAGAUCCUGCAGCAGUGCGAGGAACUCGUCAAGCUCAAGAUCCGCAAAGACGAAGACAACUCAGACGAACAGGAAGUGUCCGGCACCAUCAUCUACACUGUGGAGCUGCAGCGGUACGGUGGCCCACUGGGAAUCACCAUCUCAGGCACCGAGGAGCCGUUCGACCCCAUCAUCAUCUCCUCGCUGACUAAGGGCGGGCUGGCCGAGAGGACUGGUGCGAUCCACGUGGGAGAUCGUAUCCUGGCGAUCAACAGCAGCAGCCUGAAGGGGAAGCCUCUGAGCGAAGCCAUCAGUCUGCUGCAGCAGGCGGGCGAGACCGUGACGCUGAAGAUCAAGAAGCAGGGCGAGCUGUCGAGUCCGAAGUCGUGCGUGAUUGGUCCAGGUCUGAGCUCGGGGGUGGGGCUCGGUCAGGAGAACCAGGACGGGGAGGAGGAGCCUGUCAUCAUGGUCGUGCCUCCAUCGAGCCAGAGAGCGUUCAGCACGUUACCGUCCGUCGACAGCGCCGUGGAGUCGUGGGACGGAUCCAACAUGGACAGCAGCUUCACCUCGCCGGCUCCAGCGUUUCAGUCGUCUCCGUACACGUUCCACGAGUGGCGCAACGCCAAGACGAUCAACAGCCAAUCAUCGUCCUCAGCUCGCCAGCGAGCCAAUCCGCUGUCAGAUCUGGGCCUGAGUGAUGACGACUGGGACCGCCCACCACUCGGAGGGUUCACCGUGGGGCAUGAUGGGACAGAACCGGACCAGGAGGAGAACUUCUGGUCUCAGGCUCUGGAGGAUCUGGAGACAUGUGGACAGAGUGGCAUCCUCAGGGAGCUGGAGGAGACUGAUCAGCAGACGCACCUCCUCGCUCUGGCAACCAUCAUGUCGGGCUCCACCCUCAGUCUGAACCAUGACCCCACCCCCCUGCGCAGCACUCUGGGACGCCAGGCGAGUUUUCAGGAACGCAGCAGCAACCGACCCCAGGUGACGCCGAGGUCCAACACCUUACCCUCUGACCCCCAACGCCGAGCCUUUGCCAUGAGGAAGAUGAGGCAGGAAGUCAAUGAGAUCCUAAACCAGAACCCUGUGGAACUCCAUAAGUUGACUCUGGAGAAGGCCUCGGACCUGGAGGACUUUGGUUUCAGUGUUUCUGAUGGUUUGUUGGACCGUGGCGUCUACGUUAACAACAUCCGACCUGGGGGUCCGGCGGAGCGGGGCGGCCUCCGAGCCUAUGACCGAAUAUUACAGAUUAACCACGUGCGCACCAGGGACUUUGACUGCUGCCUGGUCGUUCCUCUGAUCGCAGAGUCUCCAAAUCGCUUGGAUCUCGUCAUCAGUCGAAACCCCACCUCCUCUUGUCUGCUGGCCAAUCACACUGAUGGCAUCACCAACAAUAGUAGCCACUCCCCUCAGCCAAUUGGCGGCGACCUGGGACCGUCUGAGCUUUGUAUGGGCCAAGUAGAUGAUUGUGGUCCAAUCAAGUGGAGCCAACCGGGAGAUCUGCUGGGGGCAGCGUUUGGGGUGGGGCAGGUGAGUAAUAGCUCCUUAUAGCAGACAAACCUGGAUCUAACUGGAUUAAACUGGUUGUAACCAGACUGGAAUAGAGGUCGAUGACGAGAACAAUACAACAAAGUUGAGUCAAACUGGUUCAGAGUGGACCCUCAUGGUGCUACAUACACCCCCUGGAUGAACUUUGACGUUUAACCACUAAGUUUGACCCUUGAACUGCUAAAGGAGCCUGAAAGCACACAAUUGACUGGAAAAACUCCUUACCUUUUCAUCUGAACCAGUUCUGCAAACUGGUACUACUGGUGUCACUGCAUCCCGAACUAUGACCACUGAUACUACUGGAACCACAACGCGAGCUACUGAUACAAGAUCGAUGGGUCCUGGUUCUACGAGGCCACAGCCAUGCCCCCUGGUUCUACUAAAGCUGGAGCUACAGGCAAUGGUCUUACUGGUCUAAGAUCAGUGGACACUGGUUCUACAAGCCAAGGACUAGGACCAUUGGCCCUACUGGAACUAGAGCCACAGCCACUGGUCUUUCUGGUCAAAGACACUUGUGUUCUGGUAUUCGAGGGAACAGAACCAUGGCUAGUUGUCCUACUGAAGCCAGAACCUCAGCCACUGGUCUUACUGGUCUAAGAUCAAUGGUUAAUGGCUCUACAAGCCUAGAACAAGGGCUACUUGUCCCACUGAAAAUAGAGCCAUGGCCAGUGGUCUUACUGGUCCAAGACACAUGGGUUCUGGUCUUGGUGGUAACAGAAUCCUGGCUACUGAUUCAACCGAAGCCUGAGCCAGCUGUCUUACCUGUUCCUAGACAUGGCUCUGGUUCAUGGUCUCAGGGUCAAAGAACCAUAGGUAUUAAACCUACUGAAGCCAGAGCCAUAGCCACUAGUCUUACUGGUCCAAGACAUGGUUCUUGCUCAUGGUCCUGGUGGUUACAGAAUCAAGUCUGCUGCCUCUACAAGUUUAGAACCAUGGCUCCAGGCCUGUCUGGUCUUGCUAGAACCAGAAACAUGGCUUUUGGUUGUGCUGGCCAAGAACCACAGCAGCACAAAGACUGAUUGGACUUGAGUCCAGAAUCCAGAACCUGCUGAUAGACAGGCAUGAUGCCAAGGAGACUAGAGAUGCUCCGAUCAGGGUGUAUAUGGCCGAUGUCAUUGUGAUCAUACAAACUAGUGGUGAUCACUGACUGGGUUCUGUUCUUAAAACAUUUUACAGGAAGGUUCUGCAUGAGAAACCCUUUAAACCCCAUCACCCUCCAUCAGGUCUGUCAAUAAUGAAGCCAGGUUAUGGCCUUCUAGGGCCAAAAUGUUUGUACCUCCAAUAAAUAGUCACACCAAGUAUUCUUGCAAAAGAAGUUUCCAAUAAGUCGUAGUUGCAGUUCGACAACCUGAAAAUCACUUUGGUUGAAGCAUACUCGCACCUUGACUCUGCCCCCACUGGUUUUAUCUUGCACAACUUGAGUGGAAGCUGUUUAGCAAUGUGAAAAAGGUUUGGAUCCCACCAGGGUUUUCUAGGCAGAAGCACUGUGAAGUUUUAUUUUAAGCAGAUGAUAAAAGAUUAUUAUGGUUAAGUUGCAAGUGAGUAUAAGCAACGUGGAAAUGAUUACGUUUUUGGUUACGGUAAGAAUCUAGAAGGGUGGGAUCCACAGGACCACACAAACUUGCAGCUGCUCAUAUUUAGUUCUGCCAUGAUGGGCCACACAUCCACGUCCAUAUCAUGCUAUUAGGCUAAUGCUACUUGCAGAUACUGAAUUUGAGUCAACAGUGUAGCAUGGAGUCCCGACAAUACGCUUCUGUACUGUUUCAAAUUUACCCAACCAUAACAUCCUUGGACAAACAAAGAUGGUGGUCAUGGUGACUGUAAUCAAACUAGCAUUCAGUUAAAGGUAGAAACUUUCCAAUUACACGUGGUGGGUUCAAGGGCUGCGUAUCGUUUCGGGUCGAGUGUCACCAAAAUAAAACAAUAACAAGUCGUGGUGUUGAAGAACAGCGAUGAUGGAGUUUUCUGCCAAAACCUUCUUUUCUAAUUUGUUGAAUUUAACAAUCAUAAAAUCCAGUAAUUUCCAAUAUUCAUCAGCUGGCUCUGAUCGGAGCAUCCCUAAUAAACACGGACAGAAAGACGGGUUCAGUGUCAAGACUUGAGUUCAGUGCCAUGAACGAGCUGCAGACUGGAAAAGUAAUAAUGACGAAGACACUGAGCAGUUCAAUAAGAAUCUUUUUCUACUGUUUACACCUGUUGGACUGGCCACACUGUGUAUGUAUGUAUGUGUGUGUGUUAUGUGUGUGCGGUAAACACAAGGCCAGUUAAGCCCCUCCCACCUCAAUUUCUAGUCUUGGCUGUGCCCUAACCCCCUUCUACCCUUGACCAAUAGGCAGCCAGGAUGAGAGACAGACGGCAAUUCUGAUUCAGCUGAUUGGCUGGAACCAAUCAGAAAACAAACGCUUCCCUGCCUGUCUGUGAUUGGUUCUCCUCAACACGUAAAUAAACCAAUCAGCUCCAGAAGAAGCCAAGCAUGCCCCCAACCCCCUGAACCCCAGUAACAGUGAUCUAUUAUGCUAAUCGAUCUGUGUGUUUUUUGAUUGACUUGUCAGUUUUCUCUGUUUGUUCGUUUGUUUCCAUGACGACUGAUUCUGAAAAGAUGUAAAAUAGAUUUAAAAAACAGUUCAGUCGCGUCGCUGUUCACAUCGAAACCAUCGAACCCUGACGACCUUCACCUCAUAACCACGAAAUGUUACACGAGAAAAAAGUCCUGUUUGAACAGGAAACCUGUGACAGUAAAUACCUGUGAGUGAGUGAGUGUGUGAGAGUGUGUGUCUGUGAGUGUGUGAGAGUGUGUUUGUGUGUUUACUUUGGAUUGAUGUCAACAUCUUCCAGCUCUCACCUCAUACUGAACUCACUUUAAACUGGCCAAUCAGAACCCUCCCUUAGCACCAGAGGCCAAUAGAAACCCUCCCCGACUUGAAGCGACCAAUCGCUGCUCUGGAACCGAUUCUGUGCUUUGGAAACGAGAUCUGAUUGGAUAGCUGUGAUUUGCUCUUUCUGUGUAGCUGGCUGUGAUUGGCUGUUCUACUCCAUCCUCAACUUUGAAAACCGAUCAUCUGAAGCACAGUGCUAGCAUAUUGUUAGCAUGUAGCGAGCAGACACUGAGCACAAGAAUAGCAUUAGCCUAAUGUGACUAAGAUGAAUUCAGCACAAUGUCACUAACACCUCACCACAUGGGAAACAAAGACUAACACCUGGAGCACAUACCUAGAACAUAACGGGGCUACAGCUAGUGAAGUAGUGAGUUAGCACACAGCUAACUCAGGUCUCUGGUUAACACAGCAGUGGUUAGCAGCACACACUCCAAACAAGGCUAACAUACGGCUAACACAUAGUAUUAGCCAAUAGUUGUGUAACAUACAGAUAAAGUAAGGCUAACACCCGGCCAACUCAGCUAGGUCUUAGCACAGCGCUAACACUUAACGAACAAACCUAAAAUGUGAUUACAGCUCAGCUAACAUCGGCCUCACACCACUUUGUUGAGCACAGGCUUAUUUCAGGGCUAACACAGCUAGCCAUUGGUUUGCAACCACCUGGAACUAUGCCAUGGCAAAGUUAACACAUAGCAAACAUGGCUAUCAUUCAGUUAGCACACAGCUAACACUUGGUUAACACUGCUAAUGUUUAGUUAGGAUUCAGCUAGCAUCGUAGGACAUUGCGCAAAUGAUGAGCCUGAAACUCCGAUAGUUACCAUAACAACUCAAGUCGUGCUCAGUUGAAACCAACUGUUCUACCAAUGGGAAGAGGGGCGUGGCUUCAGGAGGGCUGGACAAGUGAGCUCUAAAGCCAUAAACACUGUGUGUGCUUGUGUGUGUGUGCUUGUGUGUGUGUGUGUGUGUGCGUGUGUGUAACAUUGCAGGGAUUUGCACUCUAGUGAUUCACCUCAGCAAGACGUCCACCCACACAAACAGACACACACAUGCACACACACUCACACACAAACACACACAUACACACACAAACAUACACGUUCACACACACACACACACAUACACAAUCACACUCGCACACAAACACACACAUUGCACUGCCAUUUUAAUAUAAUUGGUCAAAUUUGUUUCCAUGUAGCUUCACCAACCAACCAAACUAUUUUUCUUUAAAGGAACAGGGAUGUUGUAAAGUAUUUUUGUACAAAUUUAAUACUUUGGUAGCAUGAUCGACGUUCCUGGUGUUUGUCCUGUCGGGCUCCACUGCUCUUCUCCACCUUCCCUUUGUAUGGACGACUACUGAGCAACAAUAAAGAUGAAGACCUGC